CCGCUGUGUUUACACUGGCUUUGUGUUUCGGGUUGCCGGUGAUGCUGUUUUAUUUUAUUGAACUAUUUUUCGUGUCUCCGUUAUGUAGUGAGUGAAUUAGACACAGCACGAUGUUGAAAUAUGUUGUAGCGCUGAUUUCAGUGAGUUUGGCGCUAUGGAGCGGGUUUGAGCGGAUAAACUUGUGGCUCUUUGACCAGGCGGAAGUGUCCCAGGACUCGAACACACUGCUGAGCCCAGAAGAGCUGUCACUGUAUAACGGGAGGGAGGGCAGGAAAGGACUUUACCUCGCCAUUUUAGGGCAGGUGUUUGACGUUGAAAAGGGGAAGAAGCAUUACGGUCCUGAUGGAGGCUAUCGCUUCUUUACAGGCAGAGAUGCAUCCAGGGCUUUUGUGACAGGCGAUUUUACAGAGGCAGGGUUGACCGAUGAUGUCUCGGACCUGUCUCCAUCUCAAAUAGUGGCACUCUAUGACUGGCUGGCUUUCUAUCAGAAGGACUACACACCUGUAGGUAAGUUAAUUGGUCGAUUCUACAGCGCGAGCGGAAAUCCAACAGCUGUCCUGCAGCAGACGGAGGCCACUUUGGCUCAGGGCUUGAAGCUGAAAGCCCAAGCUGAGAAAGAGAACGAGCUUUAUCCAGCCUGUAACUCUGAAUGGAGCUCUGACAGAGGAGGACGUGUUUGGUGCUCCGAUAAAAGCGGUGGAGUGCACAGAGACUGGGCUGGUGUUCCCAGAAUGCUCUUCUCACCUGGGUCGGGCCACACACGCUGCGUGUGCGUACAACUGGACAAUCCUACGCACUCGAACAACCCAAAUCUCCAGGAGUACAAAGACUGUCUAGCUCAGGCGGAGUCAUGUCUCCUUAGCCAGGACUGAGCUUUGAGAUUUUUUUUAGCUUGUUAUUAGUAACAUUUUAUUUUAGUCAAUCGAAUCAGGUUUGAGUGGUCUUGGAAUGGACAACCAGACAGGACACAGGAUUUAAAAAGGUGCUAUGUGUAAGAUUUUUCUCUUAAAAAAAAAAGUCAGGGUUUGUUUCCAUUAUCAGUCAUUAAAAGUCUGUGGCUUUGGAAAUUUAACCAAAACUCAAACUAGUAGUUUAUUGUAGAAGCCUGUGUGUGUGUGUUCUGGUUCAACCCACCUUCUCUCCUCCCUUACUGCCACAUUUAUUUUUUUCAAGCUCUGUGAUGUGUGAGAAGUUAGUUUAAGGCUGUUUGCUGAUUUCAUAAAUGUAGUUCUCCCUAGAACAGUUACACACCAUCCACUUUAUUAGGAACACCUGUUCGUCUGUUUCUUUUAUCGGCCAAUCCCAGGGCAGAAGCACAACGCUUAAUCUCAUGCAGAGACAGAUCAAGCAUUUGAGUUAACAUUCACAUCAAAUGUCAGAAUGAGGAAAAAUGUGAUCAUGGUGACUUUAACCAUAGGUGUUGUAGCCUAACUGCUUGUUUGGGUUGCGUUCUGAAACGCUCUUCUGCUCACCAAGGAUGUAAAGAGUGGUUAUUUGAGUGACCGUAGCCUUCCUGUCAGCUUAAACCACGUCUGGAGGUUUCACUGACCUCUCUCAACAACAAUGCCCAUGCAGAACUGCCGCUUACUGGAUGUUCUAGAGACGGAGCUGGGAUUUUCACACGCAGUCAUUUCUGAAACACUCUGGCAUCAACAAACAUCAUGCCAGUAUAAUUAAGAACAGUGUGGUGUGACAAGUUAUGCUUCAUUCAACUAAAGGUCAUAACGCCGACGGGACGGGGGACAACCCUCUCAACUCCUUUUUUUCCUCAGUUAUUUCUGAGGUCAGAAAACGUAAGUUACCCCCUUCCUUUCACGUUAAAGAAAACAUCUUACAAAAAUCUUCACAAUAUCAGCUUUUUUUUUUUAAAUAUAAACACAACCAUUUUUACUUCACUGAUUAUGUAGACUGUCUGCCAUACAAGUCCAUGUUGCUAUAGCAACGAUGUCAUUAACAAGAGCUUUGAACUGAUUUGCCUUGCACCACAAAAUGUAGUGCAACAAUUUAGUGUGCUGAUGCUGGGCAGCUACUCCAAGGCAUUGUAAAAUAACGUUAUAUCAAACAUUUCUACAUAAUGUAAAAAUUCUUUUGAUUCGAAUCAUUUUAAUAUUCGGCUGAUAUUUAGUGAUUAAUAUGUUCAGUUAUAUAAUUGAACUAACUGACAUUCCCGUAAAAAGCAGGAAGUCCCUCUUUCCGUUUGUAAACAGCUCAGAAAAGUCAAUACAACUUGCUUUAAUUGAUUUUUUUUAAUCAUCUGAUGACCUUAAUGUAAAGUUGUCCUCCCUUUCUUCAAAAGGAUACUAAAGGAAACGACAGGCUAGAUAUCUGAGCAUACAGAUACAAUAUAAUGUGCAUAAGAGAUCAGACAGAGGCAAAGAGCACAACCUGCGUUUAAGUACAAAAACAGUUGUAGUGGUCAAAAAUAGUAUACAAUUAGCUGUACAAUUGAACAGAACCUAGAACAGACUCUCAAACCUUGAAAUGUCACAUUCUCCUUUUGUAUGAUCAGGGAAGAGAAGGGGGAAAAAAAAAUCCAGUAUGAUAAAGUGCAGCUGUUUAGCUUUUCAGAAGAAAGAGUUUAAGGAAAGAUAAAUGUGGUCAACUUAAUGUAACAUCAGGCAAAUGAAUAUUUAAAAAAAAAAAAAACCCACACACACACACCACACCAUGAUUUACCAAAAUUCAGUAAUGUGCCAUCGAUUAAAUGGAAUGUAUGCUUUGGUGAUCAGAAUAAUUAGAACAGUGCUAAAAUGAUAAACGUGCAUAUGCAUAGCAGAGAAAAUCAUCAUACUUCUACACCUAUAACCUCAGUUUACUUUUUUUGUUCUUUUCAGAAAAUGACACUUUGUUCAGCUGUGAAUGUUUCAUGAAUAUAAAAAAAAAAAAAAAAAGUGUUAAUGGAAGAAUAAAAAGUGCAUUUAAUAUGCAGAUUCCUCACUCAUUAAUGAUCAUGAACCUAUGCACGACAAGGAUUAAAUAACAGAAGACAAAGUAAAAACUGUAUCCUUUACUGAAAUGUGCUUGACGUCGAGUUAACCUUGGGUUUUGUUAUUUUGAGGCCUUCAGGGUGACCAUUCCCUCUGUCGCCCCUUAAUAGGUGCAAGAAAAGAGUAAAGGUUCAUAAACGCUCCUUGUUUUAGACUCAACAAAAAGCAGCACUCGGGCCAACGUGAUUAAGGCUUUAAACCCUCUUGAGAGGAACGGUUCAAAACGGUCAAUAUCCAAUGGUGGACAAUUCUUCAUUCAGAUUCCAUCGUCCUUCAUAUUCAAUGCUCUUGAAUAAAAAUCUACACGCGUUUUAUGCCAAGAUGACGGAUGUUGACCUUAACGCAUCUCAAUUUCUAGAGAUCUAGUCAUUCCCUCUACAGCUUCCCUCAUUAUUAUUAUUAUUUUAAAAACAGGCCUGGCACUUACAACACCUACAAGGUCUACUUCAACAGCAUUCUGCUAUUUCAGAGGUUCUUAACUCCAGUCGAGCAGACCCUGGACAGUCUCAAGUCUUCCAUAUUCGCAAAACACCUGGCUCAGGUCAUUAAAGGAAAAAACUUCACCCGUUUACAAUAAAAUAUCCGUCAGGUGCUUAGAGAUUUGUUAGUUAGUGCUGUAUUUUCGUUAUUCCUGGAGACAGUCAAAGUUCCAGAAUGCAAUACAGCUACUUGAUGCACUAUAUGUGCCGAGUUACACCAGAGACUGAGCUCAGCUUGUUCUCAAUGGCGCCAUCAUUAAACUCAUUUAAGCACAGAUGAGAAGGUAAGAGAGCGGGACAAACUAAAGGACUAAAGAAAUGAGGUCCCUCUGGUGUAACUAUCAAAGUAUUCAAACAGUAUUGUGAGUAAUAGAGGGAACCAGAAACCAAGUGAAAAAACAGUCCACCAUGUUGAUUUUAAGCUCAACCCAAGAAGUCAAUCCUAAAAUAUAUAAUCUGCACAACUGAAGAUGGAAUAUUUGUCAUCAAUACGCAAUAGAUGUCGGUCAGGGUGGAUUUUUCCUUAAAUAAUUCGCCAAGCAGUUGGAUCAGGUGCGUCAAAGAACACAGGGUCCUCGAGAUGAGAGUUAAGAAUUCCUGCACUACUUUAAUUCUGAUCCUUAAUUAGAUGUUGGUACUAGAACAUACAUACAUACACUUGUUUUGUUCAAAAGUCUCUGUAGUAGUAGUACAAAGUGUGGUCCGUACAUUUAGUCCAUUCUUAUUCCUUCCUCCUCUCCCUCUCCACAUUUUCAACCACCGUGGUUCAGUUUAGUUUAGUGUGCGUGUUAUCCAUGCCCUGCUAGUGUGUUAGGAAACUCCACCCAAAGUUAGCACGUCAAAGCAAAUGUCACACACACGGACUGGCUUGUUCAGGUCGAAUUUGAUGAUGGGGAUCUCCUUGAUGGAGCACUUGUGGCAGAGCAAGCGGCCACAGUGGCGGCUAAGAGAGAAGAAAAAAAAAAAUUAUAUAUAUUAUACAUCUCGAAUUGGUUUAGAGGGACAGAUGUAAUUUCCAAGAGGUACAAGUAUUGCUAAAAAGACAUUCCAAGUACAUACCAGUGAUGCUUUCUUGUAGUGACUCCAAACUUGGCAGCACAUUCGUAACAGUUGGAGCCAUCGCACCAGGGGGGCUCUUUGGACAGCAUAUCUUCAUCAGACAAGAUGAUAAAAAAUAAAAUCUGAUUUGAAGCAUAAUGACCUUGGAAUAUCCAAAUGCAUGAAAAUGAACACAUUCUAAAUAUACAAGACGUUGGGGCGUUAGUCAGCAGACAUUAGGCUUUAGUUCAACAGUAAAUGUUAAACGCAUGGAUCUUAUACCUAGAAGGCGGAAGAGGAGCUGCUUAGUGGCCACUUGAUAGUUGAAGAUGUUUAUGCCCUGAUUGUUGUUGACGCCCAGACGAGCUCCAGCCCUCACGAUGGCACGACAGAGAUUAGCAUUUCCCUUCAUGUAGGCCAACAGAAGAACUAAAAGAGACGUAUAUCAAAUGAAUAUUCACGGCACAUUCCGCCUGCCUGAGCAAUAGACACAAGUACCUCGUUUCAUUUUCAAAUAAUAAUAAUAAUAAUAAAAGCUAAGUGUUUAAAGAGCAGAUCCAGUUGUUUGUGUGUUAUCUUGUUCUGUGCUCAAAACAACUGCAUCAUUUCAUGGAUUAAAAAAAAAAAAAAAAAACCCUUCCAGUGAGCAGCAGCUCUCUAGGCAGAAGUCAGAGGAAAAUGGCCAGACUGGUGUCAGUCAACAGUACCUCAUAACUACUUUUUACAACCAUGGUGAGCAGAAAAGCAUCUCAAUGUACAAAAACACCAAAUCCUAAAAGGCUACAACACCAAAUAAAAAUCAAUAACCAAACACACACUGCGUUCCAGUACCAUCAACCAAGAACAGGAAUCUGAGGCUACACUGGGAACAGGCUCACUGAAACUGGACAGUAAGAUAUACAUUUCUCCAAUCUUCACUUUCCCACUUUUUGAAAGUAUGUGAAUAAAAUAAGCCCUCUCCCUGACUGUCCUCAAGGCCAAUCCUUGGCUAUAUUUCUAAAAUGUUAGUAACAAUGCAUUGGUGGUGUUUAAAAUGAAGAAAUAAUAAUGGAGGAAAAAAAAAAAAAAACCUAACAGUUUAAGUGCAUGUUUUUGAGACAUUUUAAUGAAAGUCAGUCGAAUUGCUCUUUAAUAUACAUUUUAAAAAGGUGACCUCUGUUCCACAAGUUGAUCCAGUUCCCGGAGGUCAUCAUGAAAUGUCUACAAUAUGCUUUGGUUAAAAUACCACAAGGACAAAAGCACCACAGCUCCCUUCUCACGCUGUCUAAACAGCCCUGUUUAGAACAGCUGAUCCGAGUGCCUGUUCCUUUCCAUCAUAAUGAGCCACUGCUCCCCCGCUCUGGCCAAUCAGGUAGCACUUUAUUCAUCACAUGCACACUUCAAGCACAGCGAAAUUCAUCCUCUGCAUUUAACCCAUCUGAAGCAGUGAACACACACCCAGAGCAGUGAGCAGCCCAGAGUGCCCAGGGGGCAGUCAGGGGUCAGGUACCUUGCUCAAGGGCACCUCAGCCCAAGGCCGCCCCACAUCAACCUAACUGCAUGUCUUUGGGGAAACCGGAGCACCCAGAGGAAACCCACGGGGAGAACAUGCAAACUCCACACAGAAAGGCCUUCGCCGGCCGCUGGGUUCGAACCCGGAACCUUCUUGCUGUGAGGCGACCGUGCUAACCACUACGCCACCGUGCCGCCCCCUAACCCAGAACUGUCUCAUCGCUUGUUUACUACAAUGCAUUAUGGGUGAUACCCAGGGUCAGCGCCACCAUAUUGUUUACUUUCGCCUUUGUUCGACACCGCAUUGUUCUGUCUAACCGGUUUUAACCGUCCCUAAAGUGAAUUGCUGUGUACCUUACUGUGUCUCCACAACAAAGAGAACACCUCAUUUGAGCUUUUAUCAGCUGCCAGUAAAGAAAGAAAGAAAGAAAGAAAGAAAUGGAUAAAGUUUAAUUCACGACAAAAACCUUCAAACUGAAUCGAAAUGGACAAGAGUUUGUAGCUUACAUUUCUCUGGUGGGAAAAAGACAGACUUUAUGACCCAGCAAUAAUUUCCAUGGUCUGCGGAAUGGGCUUCAGUUAUAGAAGAUAACAAUCGACGCUGUUCAUCGUCUGAAACUAGCGAGAUUCCAAAGCCUGUAAAACAAAAGCAGCGUUCUUCGGCCUUUGUCUCUCGACGUGCCGAAGCACUCGGCAGCCGAACGAGCCUGUCAGACUGAUAAAACUCCCAAACCACGAAGGUUCUCUUUCAGGUAUGGAUAAGGUUCAGUGUACCUCGCUAGCAGCAUUUAUUGAAGCAAAUAUAUUUAUACUGAACAUAACAGCAGAUCAGCAGGUUUCCAAAGUUUGGGGUGUGUGUGUGUGUGUGUGUGUGUGUGUGUGUGUGUGUGUGUGUGUGUGUGUGUGUGUAAUUUUCCGAUAAUGUUUUAUUUAAUUAAUUGCUCAUUUAUCACUCAAACUGUUCUUCGCCCACGAAUUCCCUGCAAGAGCGCUGCUCUGUAGCAGUUUCUGAUAUUCAGACAGAUUUGUUUUCUCAAUAAAAGUUUAGCUGGUGCAAUAUACAUGUCCUCAGAAAUAAGGGCGGCACGGUGGCGUAGUGGUUAGCACCGUUGCCUCACAGCAAGAAGAUC